AGCCUAUUAUAAGUAACAUAGCAAAAGGAGGAAGAUAGAACAUUUUGAAACAACAUGCAACUGUGUGAGAGAGAGACAGAGAGAGAGAAGUGACACAGGAAGUCAAAAAGGUUGUGGUAAACAGACUCUACAUACCCAUUUGUGUCGACUGAAUGUGAUCACAGUGUGAUACUUUGUGCUAUAAUGAGAAGAGACGUUUGAAACCCCCAGAGAAAGCACCACGUCUUGAAAUCCAUUGUGGAGUGCAAUUUUCAAAAAAGUAGAUAAAAAACAUGGGCAACAGUGGAGAGGAAGGAAAGCUGCAUCGCAGACUUUCAAGAAUGGGAAGAGGAUCGCAGAGGGAUCCGCCACGACCCCCUCCUCCAACAGACAAGCCCCCAGCAGCGGCCCCCCCAAGACCAGCUGAGACUGUUUCAAAACCUCCAGAACCUGCACCGAAACCUCCAGAACCUGCACCAAAACCAGUAGUAAUCCCCCCAAAACCAAGUCCCCCACCCAGGCCACUAAUACAGGUGUUCAACAGCACAGAGCAUGGCGCUGCCAUACUCAUGGGGAUGGAUCAUUUUCGUUGUGAUGAGACGCUUUGCGAUGUCACUCUGGUGCCUGGUGACAGCAGUGAAACUUUUCCAGUUCACAGGGUCAUCAUGGCUUCAGCCAGUGAUUAUUUCAAGGCCAUGUUCACAGGUGGCAUGAGAGAGCAGGAGCUGAAGGAGAUUAAGCUCCAUGGUGUGAGCACCACAGGCUUGAAAAACAUCAUUGAGUUCAUUUACACAUCUCGUCUAAGCCUGAGUAUGAACACCCUCCAGGACACACUAGAGGCGGCGAGCUUCCUCCAGGUGCUUCCCGUUCUCAGCUUCUGCAACCAGCUACUCAGCAGUGAGAUCACCAUAGAAAACUGUGUGGAAGUCGAGCGCAUUGCCAAAGAUCUUCUCCUAGAGGACGUCCAAACACAUGUCUACACAUUUGUAUGUGAGAACUUUUCUGCACUGGUGCAGAGCGGCCGGCUCCUGCAGUUAUCUGAGACGAGCAUGAAGUAUGCCCUUUCCAGCGACUCACUAAGGGGAUUCAAUGAGAUGGAGCUGUACCGCAUCGCCCGUGCUUGGCUGUCCCAUAAACCCUCAGAGCGUCGUUCUACUGCCUUCUCCCUGAUGCGUCAUAUUCGCUUCCCUUUGAUGACCCCAGCUGAGCUCCUCCAGAUCUCCCAGGAGGACCAGACAGAAGAAGGAGCAAAAAGAGAACUAGAGAAAGAGGAGCCCUUUAUGCGAUCGGACACAGCUUGUGUUAACCUCCUUCUGGAGGCCAGCAAUUACCAGAUGCUACCCUUCCUCCAACCGGCAUUGCAGACUGAACGGACCAAGAUCCGGUCAGAUUCCACUCACCUGGUGGUUCUGGGCGGUGUGAUGAGGCAGCAACUGGUGGUGAGCAAAGAGCUCAGGCUGUAUCAUGAGGAAGGUGGUGGCACCUGGAGGGCCCUCCAACCCAUGGAGGUACCACGAUACCAGCAUGGAGUGGCCCUUUUUGGGGGCUUCCUUUACAUUGUUGGAGGUCAGAGCACUUAUGACACCAAAGGUAAGACAGCUGUGGACAGUGCAUACAGGUAUGAUCCUCGCUUUGACCGCUGGUUGCAGGUGGCUUCACUGAAUGAGAAGAGGACAUUCUUCCAUCUAAGUGCCCUUAAGGGGAAGCUCUAUGCAGUUGGAGGGAGAAAUGCCACUGGAGAGAUUGAUUCUGUUGAGUGCUACAACUUGAACAAGAACGAGUGGACUUUUGUUGCACCAAUGAAUGAACCUCAUUAUGGACAUGCAGGCACAGUACAUGGUGGUCUGAUGUAUGUGUCAGGUGGUAUUACAAGAGAUGCUUUCCAGAAGGAGCUGCUGUGUUAUAACCCUGACACAGAUGCAUGGAGCAGACGAGCAGACAUGAUGGAUCUCCGUGGCCUCCACUGCAUGUGCACUGUGGGCGAUCGCCUCUAUGUCAUGGGUGGCAACCACUUCCGGGGGACUAAUGACUAUGAUGAUGUGCUAAGCUGUGAGUUCUACAACCCUGCAACUGACCAGUGGACAGUGGUGGCUCCAAUGCCCAGGGGUCAGAGUGAUGUAGGUGUGGCCGUGUUUAAGGAGCGCAUCUAUGUAGUGGGGGGUUACUCUUGGAACAGUAGGUGCAUGGUGGAUAUUGUGCAGUGUUAUGACCCUGAGAAGGAUGAGUGGGAGAAGGUCUUUAGUGUCCUAGAGCCUCUAGGAGGAAUUCGGGCCUGCGCUAUGACAGUUUAUUGCCCAAAAGGUUCAGUAGAUGAGGUUCAGAUACAGGAGUGUCCUCUUUCAACAUCCAAAAACUAAGACAAAUUAUCAGAUGUUGUGAUAAUGUUUACAAUAAGGGUUCUAUUCAUUAACAUGUGUUCACAUGAACUAGCAAUUACAACACUUUUACAACACUUAUUAAUCUUGGUUAAUGUAAGGUAAUUUCAACAUAUACAGUAGUAAUAAAAAUGUUUAAUUAAAAGUUGUAUGUUAAAAUUAGGUUGUGCAUUAUAACCUAACAAACUUACAAUGACAAUUAUAUAUUUUUUAAUAAAUUAACAUUAACCAAAAUUAAGAAAUGCUGUUAAAACAUAUUGUUCAUUGUUAGUUCAUGAUACCCAAUGCAUUCAAUAAUGUUACCAAAUAGAACUUUAUUGUAAAGUGCAAUAGAACUUAAAAUGUGAGAUAAUUAAUUUGCCUCUCUUUGCAAGAAACCUGUUAAGAUUCAAGUGCAAAAUAGUUUAAUAGUUUAGUUGCAGUACAUGCCAGUUUUGUAACAAUGGCAGAAAUUUGUGAACAGGGAUAAGGGGAAAAAAAUUUACUUGUAAAAAAAAGCUAUUAGUUAUUUGUUUAAGUGCUCAUGACUGUGCUAAAUAUGUAAUGCCAAAUUUGUGAGCCAGAGUGCUUAAUACUGCGUCUCUAAAUUAUUCUGUUUACCUAUUUUUACUUCAAUUAUUUUAUGUGCGUUUCAAUAAAAGUAUUUUUAAAA